AUGACAGAACAAAAACGUGUAAUUUUAGUGACUGGAGCAAAUAAAGGUAUUGGUUUUGAAGUUGUGAAGAAAUUACUUCAGCAAUCUUCUUCAAAAGCCACUGACAUUAUUCUUCUUGGUAGUCGAGAUAUUAAACGUGGUCAAGAUGCAAUUCAACAAUUAGGUUCUCCAACAAAUGUACAUUUGUUACAAUUGGAUACAUCAUCAAAAGAAAAUAUAUUAAUUAAUAAUGCUGCGAUCGCACCAAGAGAGAAUACAAUUGAAGCAACACGAACAGCGUUUGCAACUAAUUAUUAUGGUAUUAAAAUGCUUAAUGAAUAUUUGAUCCCUCUAUUACGUGAGAAUGGUCGUAUAGCUAAUGUUGCUAGUGGUGUUGGUCCAAUGGUAUCAUAUCUUUUUUCAAAAGAACUUCAACAAAAAUAUACAUCACCAACAUUAACAACACAAGAACUUGAUAAUAUUGUUGAAGAUUUUCUUUCAGCAUUCGAAUCUCAUAAUCUGGAACGUAUUGGAUAUUCUUCUGAAAUACCUUUUCCAGCAUACACUAUUUCCAAAGCUGCAUUGAUUGCUCUUACUCGAAUUCAAGCACGUGAAUAUUGUAAUAACAAAAAUAUAUCUAUUUAUGCUGUAUGUCCUGGUUUUUGUGCCACCGAUCUUAAUAAUCAUGCUGCUGGCAGUCGAUCAGCAGCAAUCGGCGCUGAUUCUAUUCUGUAUGUGAUUGAUACACCAGCAAAUGAAUUAGAAAAUGGUGCAUUCUAUCAAGAUGGUAAAAAACUACCAGAAAUCUGUGACGAUGAAGCUAAAGUAAAAGCAUUUGUCGAACACUCCAAGACAUUACUCAAACCAAAACAGUAA